UGAGUUUUAGGGUUAGGCCUGUAUUGGUAAUGGUUAUAUUUAAUGUAAUGGGCCGUAGAAAUGAAUGGUAGUUAAUGCAAAGUCCAUGUAAUGAUAGAAAGACAUGGUGUGUGUGUGUGCGUGUGUGUGCGUGUGUGUGUGUGUGUGUGUGUGUGUGUGUGUUUGUGAGGUUAAAAUAGGGGAGGGCAGCAAAGGGGUGGAGCUAUUUUACCAUAUCUUAGUGGUCUCUUUUUAUUGGUAGAUGGAUGGGGGAUGUUUGGAGAGUGUUGAGAGGAAGCUUUGCUCAAGUCAGGGAGUGAGAGAUGUUAGCUAGUUGUCAGAUAAGCUGCCUUGGUUCGGGGAGACGGAGCAGCCUCAGUGCAGGGAGGGGAUGGUAGACGAGUUACACUCCAUCUGUUGUCAGUCACAUUGAUAAACCUGCAGCUUCGGGACAUUUUGCACUGAGUUUCCUGAUCAAAAAGGAGAAUGUAAAAGGUUGACCUCGACUUCAUCUUCUCAGGUGGAUCCUGUUGCAAUUUUCUCCUUGUUUUUAAACAAAAAAAAAAAAAAAGGGAAAUUGUCAAUAACUUUGCAUACUGGGCUUAUUUCACCACCAACAAUUCUGGGAAAUCCCCGUCUUUAGACUGUCGGCCUUGCUCCUGAACUGCCCAAAGGUUGCGUUUCGUGACAGAACUUUUCUCCAGUUUGGUUUUGGAUCUGAGCGGGCCUGUCUGUGAGCGGUCAGAUACCAGAUACUGGUGUGGGCUUGAUCCGGUGCCUGGGAGCUCACAGAGGAAGAGGAGCUGGAUGUAUGAAGAGGCUUCAUGGGCCUGAAGGACCAUCUGGAGGAUGGAACUGGCCACAUGCUCAGCCUGGGGCUGGAUCUGGACUAUCUCCAUGUGGAUGGUGCUGAGAAGCAGACGCCCCCAAACACUCUGAAGGCCUCCGACGUCCUGCAGGUCCGAGGCGGCGCCCAAAGCAGGAGCGGCUACAGUAUCGGCGGGAGCACCAACAGUCUGAGUACAAACCUGAGUUACAGCAGCAGCAGCAGCUGCAGCAAUUUUUCGGAGGAGAGCGCCAUUUCUGACAAUGAAGAAGAACAGCAUCAGGUUAUCUCCGAUUCCGGGCUCAACGUCUCCCACCGAGAUCAGCUGGGCUUACCUCGGAGCUCCUCUCUGCAGUGCAAGCAGGUCAGGCUGGACCUGGCGCCACACCUGUCCACAGGAGAUCUAACCCGGUCGAAAGCGCUAGCGCCUGCGGACCUUGUUUCGGACUGCCGCACCAAGGUCGAGUUCGCUCUGAAGCUGGGCUACGCCGAGGAUCUGGUGCUGCUAGUCCUGAGGAAACUGGGCCCAGACGCACUUAUUAACGACAUUCUGGGAGAACUGGUCAAACUGGGAACCAAGACAGAGAUGGAGCAGCAGAAAGGUCCAGCUGUGUCCCAGUCUCCUUCCUCCUCUUUGUCUUCCUUGGCCUCCAGCUCGUCCCUGGAGUCCUGUCGGCUGCCGUCCCCUUCGCCGCUGCUGGAAGACAAAGACAACUUUCGGCCCGUCGUCUUAGACGGCAGCAACGUAGCCAUGAGUCAUGGAAAUAAGGAAGUGUUCUCAUGCCAAGGGAUCCAGCUGGCUGUUGACUGGUUCUUGGAUCGAGGUCACCGUGACAUCACGGUUUUUGUCCCCGCCUGGAGAAAGGAGCAGUCGCGACCUGAUGCUCUCAUCACCGAUCAAGAGAUCCUGAGGCGACUAGAGAAAGACAAGAUACUGGUUUUCACUCCAUCUCGGCGCGUUCAGGGGCGACGUGUGGUUUGCUAUGAUGACAGAUUCAUCGUCAAACUGGCAUACGAAUCCGAUGGCAUAAUCGUUUCCAAUGACAACUACAGAGACCUAGCCAACGAGAAGCCAGAGUGGAAGAAGUUCAUUGAUGAGCGCCUGCUGAUGUACUCCUUUGUCAAUGACAAAUUCAUGCCUCCAGAUGAUCCUCUUGGACGCCAUGGACCGAGCCUGGAAAACUUCCUGAGGAAGAGGCCAGUUGCUCCUGAACCCAGGAAGCAGCCCUGUCCUUAUGGGAAGAAGUGCACAUAUGGCCACAAGUGUAAAUUUUACCACCCAGAAAGAGGCAGCCAGCCCCAACGCUCGGUGGCCGAUGAGCUCCGUGCCAGCGCCAGAAUAUCGUCAGUAACUUCCAGAGGCCUGCUGGAACAUACGAUGAUGGCAAAGAGCCAAAGCAGCAGUCAACCAGAAGAGAUGCCUGAAGCCGACAGUAAGCUACCAAACCAGAGUCCUCGGAGUGCGCCCUCUGACCUCACUGAGGACAGACUCCAAAGUUUCUCCAAACCAGAAAGGUACAAGGGAAGCCACGUCAUCGGGGGACAUACUUCAUCAGGGUUGUCCCACUCACUAGGACAUCUGGACAUCUGGGCGCAACUCGAGGAAAGCAGUGGAGCCUACAGUUUGGGUUUAGUCGAAACUUACAACAGAUGUGAUUCUCCAGAGGGGGGCUGCAGGUCUCUGGUCAAGGCCUAUUCAGGUCUCCGUCUUAUGGUACCACAGACCCCAGAAAGUCUCUUAACCACUGAUCUGCAAGCAGGUUCCCUGCUAUCCGAAUGCAGCAGCGACGGCAGCAUUAGCUCAGAUUCCUUUUCCCCUGACUCUAUGUCAGACAACAGCCCUAAGUGCCAACAUCACCUUCCUCACUACCAUCAUCACUAUAGUGGCUCGUAUGGUCAUGUGGCAAGCCGGGUUUCCCCUGGAAUGGGCCAGCAUUCCCCUUAUGGAUACUCUGUUACUCAAAGACCUCAAGCGUCUGUCUCUGAAGAACUUCCUUUUCCAGUCAGCUCUCACGCAUCUCCACGCCAUCGCAAGACCACUUCAGCAAACAUCGUACCACAGCAUCAGCAUCUACUUUUAGGUAACUAUCCGGGGGAACAACCACCUCGUCUACCUCAAACAUCUGCUGCUCAUCCUCAUUCCCAGAACUCACCCUUCGGUCCGAACGCGUCGGCUCUGUGGGAAGGUGACCUCCAGGACUCCACAACAUACAAAGGAUCACCAGUUAACUGUAGAAGAAACUACUCUGGGUCAACCCAGCACCCUCAGCAUAAGACGCACUGGGAUUCCCACCACGAGCCAUCGACCAGGCCCUGCUAUGAUCUGUUUUCCUACAAGAGCUUCCCCCCACUUCACGGCAAGGGUUGGCACACCCCCUGGGUCCAGCAGCUCCCAUCAUCCCCCCACGGUCUGUCGGCUUCAAGUGUCCCACCGCCCCCACAGCAGUCCCUCAGGUCCAUUGCCACUCACAGGAGUCACCUGCAGAACGAGCGCCACUACUCGGGGCAUCUUUCCUCGGGUCAGUACCAGGACCUGAGGGAGAGGGUUUUCGUCAACUUAUGUGCCAUCUUCCCACCAGAUUUGGUGAGGAAGGUGAUGGCCAAAAACCCUCACAUGACGGAUGCUCAAGAGCUUGCAGCCUCGAUUUUGAUGGAGAAAUUGCAGCAUGUUUCUUAAAACUUCUCAGGUUGAUUUCUUCCAAUCAAGUCACCAAUGAAACCCUGCUGUGGCUUUGGGGAAGCUGUUCAUCUAAUGGUAUCUUUGCAAAUAGAAGUCCUAAAACGACCAUAUCUUUGUCUAAAUGCGUCUUUUAUUUCAGCACUUAAAAUGGGAAAAGUUUGGGAUUAAACUGUUGUCAUAAUAGUUCAUAAUGGACAGUUUAUGGGGGACACUUCUUCGUAUUUAUUUGUUAUAUUUUAAGUUAUUGAAAUUAAGUUUUUGGCACUUUCUGUUAUUGUGUGUGUUUUAUUUUUGUCUUAGCUUUUUCUAUAGGGGCAAUCAUAUCAGGGUAUAAACUGAACCGUCUCUCUUGAAACGUCAACACAGCCUGCGUAAAAUAAUAUAUUUAUGUCUCUUAUCUUUCUUCUUUAUGUUGGAAAUGCAGUUCUGCUCCGAUCGCAUUUCUGGUUCAGCCGGCUCGACUUGCUGAUCUGGUUUUUCUGUCUGCACAGAGACAGGUGCCACAUUGGGUCGUUGUGAGAUGUUGUGGAUUUCCCCCGCAGGGAAGUGAAACUUCAGCAGCACCCACAAGAGAUAGCAAAAACUCCACUUGAAAACCCCAAGCUGUUUUUUACCACAGAGAAAAAAAAGCCAUUUCCUCUGCUCAGACUCCCCUGUGAGCUAACUUCCUACUUCAUCAUGUCUGAGCACAGAUUUUGUUUUCCUAAAACCACAAACAUCCUCCCUCUUUUUUCGUAUCAAAAGAAUAAAUUGUUUCAAAGUAUGGGGCCAAAAUGUUAAUACUGAAUAGUUUUUUUUUUAUUUAUUUAAAAUAUUUUAAUUUAUUGCCUAUGAUGCGUAAGACACAGGGUCUCUGUCUAGUUUAAUCUUCCAGAGAUGGGGAAUAACUUCUAACCAUGACUUUCAGUAUCUGCUGAGUGCAACCUGUGGAAGAAAACCUACAGAUGAUUUGACCAGACGAGCAGCUUGUAGACAAUGGAAACCAACAGUCACGUUAAAAGAAAGCACCUCUUUCAGUCUUAUGGUUUGCAUAUCAUGACAUGAAAAUCCUUUGGUUUUACGAUUACUUCAAUCUAACCUCAAGAGUUAGAUUGAAGUAAAACUGCACAACAGAUUCGGCGCUCACGUCGUUUGUACCCAGAGAUGAAGUCCAGGUGGAAAAGCCGGGCUCAAAAGAAUUGAAGUACAAAUGAUUGAAAAGCUUUUAGGAUCACGUUUAGCAACAGAAAAAAAAAUUGCAGUCAUUUUCCUUGAGGCUGUUUGUUCCAGUCAUGUUUGUUGUUUUGAAGGAAUUUUUGGCACAAAUUUUCUUCCCAACAGAUUCAGGUCGUUAAACUUGAGCUCUGCUCCUUUAAGGUUCCACCACGGCUUUUCAGCAAAGCUGCAGUCUGCAACUUUUUUAGCGAUUCUGUUGUAAAUUUCCAACUUUUUUUGGGAUAACUGUAUUGAUAUCUACCAGUACAAUUUUUUUUAGUAUUAUUUUUGUGCAAACGUCUGUGGCAUCUUUUCCAUAUUUGUUUAAACCUUAGAAAUGAAAGAGGGAAUACUUUCUCUUGUCUAAGACUGGUUACCGUACGUUUGAGCUGUACACAAUUAUAGUGGAAACAAUAAUUUCCUAUAUAUAUAAAUUCUUACAAGACCGUUCAUAAGACAAUAAUGUGGACAUGAUUUUAUUUUUCUAAAUGUUCUGCUGUUUUAUUUAUUGUAUUGUGAUUAAUUAUUGUUAAUUCUGUCAACCUUCCUUGACUCUACAGUUAAGCCCAAAAUUAUUCAAAACCCCAACAAGUACUGACUCAAAAUUAACUUUAGGUUUUUAUGAAAAAAAUGUUAAAAAAU